AUGCAGUACGCCGUCGGCGAGAAGGUGCUCCUCGAGGAGGUGUCCGUCGUCUUCCAGCCGCGGCAUCUGACGGCCCUCAUGGGGCCCUCGGGCGCGGGCAAGACGACCCUCAUGAACGUCAUCAGCGGCCGCGCGGGCGGGAAGAUCCUCAAGGGCGGCGUCCUCGUGAACGGCGCGCCGACGACGCCGAAGAAGCUCCGCCUGCUCAUGAGCUACAUGCCCCAGGAGGACGUGCUCUAUCCGUCGCUGACCGUCAAGCAGACCCUCUACUACAGCAGCUUCCUCCGGUGCCCCGAGAAGUGGAGCCGCGAGGCGAAGACGGAGCGCGUCGACGUCAUCCUCUCGAAGCUCAACCUCAAGCACGUCGAGAACGGCAUCAAGCCGGGCAUCAGCGGCGGCCAGAAGAAGCGCGUGUCCAUCGGCAUGGACCUCCUGGCGAACUGCUCCGUCAUGUGCCUCGACGAGCCGACGACGGGCCUCGACGCCGCGGCGGCGCUGAGCAUCGCGGACGUCGUCAUGUCCCUGGCCAAGGUCACGGGGCGGACCAUGGUCUGCACGAUCCACCAGCCGACCUGGGAGCUCAUCUCGCGCUUCGACCAGCUCACGAUCCUCGUCCAGGGCCGCCUCGCGUUCUGCGAGCAGCCCGCGCAGCUCGCGCCGUUCUUCGCGGGCGGCGGCCACCCGUGCCCGGGCAACGAGAACCCCAUCGACUUCGCCAUG